ACAGGAUUAGUUGGCCUUUCAUUUCAUCUCCUUUCGGCCUGGCCUCGACCAUGAGGCUAGAGCACGGGCGGCGGGCUUCUCUGGCGCUCACCCUCAACUUCGUGGCGUUUGCUUUUGCCUUAUCAGCGGUGACCACCAGCUACUGGUGCGAGGGGACCAGGAAGGUGGCCAAACCCUUCUGCACAGGGCCGCCGAUGAAAGCGAAGCAGUGGUUCUGCAUCCGCUUCAACAGCACCAAUAUCAACGACACUCGGCUGGUGCAGUACAUCUUCGAGACUGGGGAAGAGAAGUUCCUGCUGAGGAAAUUCCAUGCAGGCAUAUUUUUCUCCUGCGAGCAGACCGCCGACAUGAACGGGUUUGACUGUCGGGACUUUGCAGAGAUCGCACCAGAACAUGAAAGAGGGGUCUUGUGGUUGUGUAUCGUGGCUGAGACUCUGUACCUCACCCUGCUCUUCACAGGGGGCGCUCUGUUGACACUGGAGCAGUGCCCCUGCUUCAGCAUCAUGAACAAACUGAAGCUCAGUGCCUUUGCCGCUUUGUGCACCGCCCUGUCAGGCCUUUGUGGGAUGGUGGCCCACAUGAUGUUUACCACUAUAUUCCAGUUGGCUGUCGCUAUGGGGCCAGAGGACUGGAGGCCCAAGACCUGGGACUACAGCUGGUCUUAUGUCUUAGCGUGGGGCUCUUUCGGCACCUGCAUGGGCUCUGCAGUGACGGCGCUGAACAGGUACACGAAGACCAUCGUAGAAUUUAAAUAUAAGCGGCGGAACAUCGAGAAGAGCAUGAUGAUCAAGCAGAAGAUGAUGGAGCUCGACCUCCCCGAGCAGAUGUGGGACAUGUAUCUAACUGCUGUGCCCGCUGACACAGAGGUACAGUUACAACUGCCAAUCAACGGCCUGAAGCCCCCAACAGGAACAACGUAUGUGAUGGAAAAGGACUGUGUACAAGGAGAAGCAUAUUGCUGAGAAUUGAAGUAUGAAAUGAACCAGUACAAUCUGAAAUCAAGGGAGAAUGUGUAACCACUAGUUUAAGCGAGAUAACCAUAAUCUCAGUGGAAUUGUUACUGUGCUACACUAUCAUGGGUGGAUUACAGGGUCAGAGGGGCCCGAAACAUCAGAGGUCUCUGGGCCACAGACUGUCAGUGAUAAUAUAGAAAUCUGAUUGAAAAGUCAAUCAACCAUGAACAACAACAGAGAGAUUAAAAAAACAACAAAAAACAUUUAACAUA